CCCAGAUUCUUUAAGACCUUGAAAAGCCCCAAACAAUCUUGUGCGCAUAAACAGUCAGCGACAGAAAUUUCCUCACAGGCGUCGCCUAUAAAUAGACAACACAGACUCUCAGCUGCAGCUUUGACACCUGUCCUUAAAAAUCAUCCUCAGAAACGUCAGCGACGUGAAAAGACGUGGAGACACCUCGCAGCGUGUGUUGCAAGUUAUAAAGAGGGACUGACCAGCCUCCAGCGAGCAAACAAGAAAUGUGUGCAAGAAUCUGCAGGGCAGGCUGGUGACUCAUAUAGCACAUCGAAGACUUGUAAACACGGGGGGUCAUUUCAAAACACAAGCCAAGCGGAUCGUCCUGGAUGAGUAACUGAGUGUCUGGACAGCCUUGGUAAUCUGUGAAGGGCACACAUGGCCCAUGUUAACGACCAUCAGAGCCGUCUGCCAGUGGCUCAGGCCACUGUGCUGGCUCUGCCACCCCCCAACCAAGCAAAGGACUUGAGGCCCAGAUGGAACGUACUGGACUCCCUGUUGUGUGGAGCAUUUGCUGGAGCUGUUGCCAAAACAGUUAUUGCACCUCUGGAUCGGACUAAGAUCAUUUUCCAAGUGUCGUCAAAGAGAUUCUCAGCUAAGGAGGCCUUCAGGCUCAUCUACUGCACUUACAUGAAGGAUGGGCUGCUCAGUCUGUGGAGGGGCAACUCUGCCACCAUGGUGAGGGUCAUGCCAUAUGCUGCGAUCCAGUUCUUUUCACAUGAACAGUACAAAACACACCUGGGAGGAUACUACGGCUACCAGGGAAAAGCUCUGCCUCCUCUCCCACGCUUCCUGGCUGGUUCGCUGGCCGGCACCACAGCUGCUAUGCUUACUUACCCUUUGGACAUGGUGCGAGCCAGGAUGGCGGUCACAGCCAGAGAAAUGUACAGCAACAUCAUGCAUGUCUUUGUGCGGAUCUCCCAAGAGGAAGGUGUGAAGACCCUUUACAGAGGCUUCACUCCCACUAUCCUGGGUGUCAUCCCUUAUGCCGGGAUCACAUUUUUCACAUACGAGACCCUCAAGAAGCUGCACUCAGAAAAAACAAAGCGAUCCCAACCGUACCCCUACGAGCGCUUGGCUUUUGGUGCCUGCGCAGGCCUCAUCGGACAGUCCGCCUCGUACCCUCUGGACGUGGUACGUCGGCGCAUGCAGACAGCCGGCGUUACCGGCUCAUCGUACGUUACAAUUCUCGGGACCAUGCGUGAGAUCGUAACACACGAGGGAGUCGUACGUGGACUGUACAAAGGCCUAAGCAUGAACUGGGUGAAAGGGCCUGUCGCAGUGGGGAUUAGCCUCACCACAUUUGACAUCACACACAGCCUACUGCUCAAACUGCAUCAGAUGAACUACUCCACCCACUGAAUCGUCUGGGACUGACGAGUGGGACAAAGCACAGAUGAUUCUGAUGUUAGGGAGGCGGUCGACUUUGUCAUAUGGCAAUAAUAAGUCUCGGCACUCUGGUCAGUGCAUGAUUGUCUCCUGUUCCCUUUAGACAGGAUGUCAGAGGAGUGAGUGGACAUGAGAUCUCUUGCACGCAAAGAAACACAGUAUCUCAUAAUUUGGUAAAGCACAGGAUUUGACUGUCGGAGAGAGGAGACGAGGAACAGGUGUCUUAAAAAUGUCGUUCGCACAAUCGCAACUUUGUUUUGAAAUCGCAGCACCGUUAGGGCAGCUCAAGUGAUUAAAGGUGGAUAAAGAUUUGUGUUGUUUUCGACAGAUGGAUACGGAAGACUUUGUUUGUGUUGUGAAUAUGAUAAUGCUUGCACUUUAUGAAACCUACAAUGUUCUUUCAAAUUAAUCCUCUAUUAACAGAGAGAGUACUUUUUAAUCAGUUUUAUAGCUUUUAAUUUAGGGGGGGGUGGGAUUUUCAUUUUUCUUUUUAAUCACAUUGCUCUUGUCUCUCCUUUUUUGAUUAUUUCAAGAUGCUUGCUGAUGCAAUUUUAUGAUUUAUAACGGGAGGGUGAUUAU